CCCCAAUUCGUGGAUUAGGGUAAAAAGGAACCAUUUUUAUUUCUCGUCGCUGAAACAACAAAUCUCAGAUCGAAGAAGGAAGAAGGAUCCAAUGGCGUUGAGAAGGGUUUACAGUGAAAUCAAAGGGAAGAAGGUGACAGAGCUACCAGGCUAUUUCAAAUCGACGUUUUCGAUGGAGACCGUGAAGACCUCUGUGAGGAGAGGACUCGAUAACUACAAUGACAAAUACAUUCAGACCAGCUCCGUCGAGCCUCUCCUUCACGUCUGCUUCGGAGGUAUGGCUUUCUCUUACCUCGUCGCUCUCCCUAAUGAGCGUCGCCAUCUCGAGCACCAGCAGCAUGCUAAGGAGCACGGUGGUCAUUGAUCUCAGAGGGAAUCGUUUCGAUCUCGAGAUGAUUUUAGGGAUUGCUGUGAAAUCUUUCUGCGAUGGUGACGACUCAAGAUUAUGUGUGUCUUAUUAUUGUUUUGUUUACUUGAAAUUUCCCCUGGAUAUUGUUGACCUAAAGGAAAAGCCUUUCUUUUGAAUUGCACUCGAUAGUCAAUAAUUGAAACAUCAUAUCCAUGAACAAUGAAACUGUUUUUGUUUCCGGUGAAGCUGUGGAUUCAGCAUUUGUUUUAUCAUACAUUUGAUUGAUUCGGUCUAUACUUGGAUCAAAAACAGAAACAGAAUACCGUUCGAACA